GCGGCCGGUGGGCAGAAAGACCGAAACCCACUCACGGCCGCCUGCCGAAUCGCGGCUCUGCUGUUUGUGGGGCGUGCUAGAAACGUGGUCCUAAAAAGAAUGGCGUCCAUUUACAUAAUGCUUUGUUUGCGUUUCGCAAGUUUCUUUCGGUUAAAGCCACAGAAACCCCACCUCCUGCCCUUGUGUCGUUUCCACCGCGGCACCCUUUUCCGACAUUAGAAACAAUAGUGUACACCUGUGGAGGCCUCGUUUGUUAAGGGGCUGCCGGCCAGGGCUUCAGGACGUUUCUGCGGCUUUCCCCGCGCGGCCUGGGCUCCCGCGGCUGCUUUUCGGGCCCAUGGGCGCAGCCACCGCGCCAGGCUCAAGGGGGGCGGCCCCAUCAGGGCCCGCCAUCUUGGAAGGCCUUUUCUGCCGGUUCCUCCCGCUGAGGAAGUGUCGCUCAAGACGCUGGCCUACGAGUUGUGAUUUCUGCCCUUUCCCCUUCCUCCUUGGGCUAAGCCAGACCAGAAAGGGCCCCGUGCGCAACGUGCUUCACAGUCUCUCAGGGAAAGCGGCUAACGUGGCGCUACUCCGCCUGCCCUGUUCCUUACCCUGGGGGCUGCCGCCAUGUUUCCUGAACACAAAAUGGCGACACGUGGUUAGCAUUCGUCGCCAACGAGAAAUUGGGGUCGGCCCGAAAGCUCUAGAAUGCACCCCCCUUCUUCCCCGGGGCCUUCCACCUCCGCGAGUUUUAUGACUUAAAAAACCCCACAGGCUGGUCUGAAGGUCGGAGGCCUAAUUUUAACGCGUUUUCCUCCCUUUAAUUUGAAACGCGAACGCGAAUGGCUGUAAAAUGUGGGCACAAUAUUUAAUUUCUCGCCUUUUUAAAGCUUAAUAGUGGAUAAUAGGGGGCAGUAUCAAGGGAUAAUUUGGGUCCCCACAGUACCAAAGCAUUUAGAAACCUCUGUUUAAUUUAAGGAAUGAGAUAAAUUACUGCUUUUCUAGACUUCCUAGCAUGGGCUGUUGUGCUGGAGAGAACGAGAGCUACGAAGAGACUACAAUGCCUCUGACUUUUUCAUAGGACAGUUGGCCGAGGAAGACAAACAUAAAGAUGAAGUGCUUAAUUCAAGGUCACACAAUGUCGGGGAUGGACCUCCAGAUUUCCUUACUGACCUGCAUUAUCUUGUGGAUACCUGAGUGAAUUCCACACCACCCAUUUUAUAGAUGAAACCACUGAGACAUGGAGCAACUGACUGAGUAGUCACUGCCCCACCCCUGCCUGGAGCCUCACACAUGACUCGUCUCCUCUCAGUGACCACAGUACUUAUCCUGUAUUACAUGAAGGAAAUGAAAUAAAAAGACUGCAACCCCACUCCCAGCUACUCAGUGAGGUGGUAGCUAGAGACGGAGUCUUGCUAUGUUGCCCAGGCUGGUCUUGAACUCCUCACCUCAAGCGAUCCUCUCGUCUUGGCCUCCCAAGUGUCAGGAUUACAGGUGAGACGUGGUCUUGUAACACAGUGGUUAAGAAUGUGACUUUGGAGCCAGCCUGCUAGGGGCUGAAUUCUGACUCAGCCAUUUACUAACUGUGUGACCUUAGGUCACAGAAUUUUCCACACUCCUUGACGGAGGUGCUUAACCCUUAUCCAUCAGCAUUCUCAGACAGCACCUCCGGUUAGGGACAGUAUCUGACCGUCCGACAUCCCUGCAGCCCCCAUGUGUCACACAGACUCAGCCUCAGGUAGAUGGUUUCCGUAGAUGGUGGCUUUCUUUGGACCCUUGACAUCAACCAGUUACUAUUUGACUCUUCUGCAGAACCCCCUGUUGACCCCUGCUUUGAGGUGGCAGAGUUAACACUACUCUUCGUUAUAAGCUCUCGUCUGGGGCAACUCAGAAGAACUUUGAAGACCUGGUGCCAUAAGCCUACUGAUGCGGAAUGCUGGAAGCAGAAUGCAGCUAGGGACGGUGCUCGGAGGAGCUGUGCCAUCAACCCCACACACACUCACACCAACUCUGGGCCGGGGCCUCGGAUGGGCUGGGGGGCCCAGUUGUGCAGGAGAGGGGCGGGAAGAUGGGGGGCCUUGGUCUUGGUGGCCAUGGCCAGAGGUGGGAGGGGUGGGGGUGUCAGGGGAUGGAGGCCUCAGUCCCUGCCCUCACCAGGUGGCAGGAGCAGGAGGCAGGCUGACCCACUUAGAGACUGGUUCCUUUCAAAGCAGCGUGGUUGUGAUGGGGGCUGCUUUAAGUGGGUCAGCCUGCAUAUAUACAUUGGUCUUAAACUCUUCAAAACUUGGCUGUUAAACAUCUAGAUCCUGUUUUCAUUGGCUUGUAAGCCGUGGCCAUGGGGACCUACCUGGUCUUCUGAAGCAGCAAGUGUGCCCAGAGGCUAAUAAACAGCAGCCAGAGACAGACUCCCAGACUCGGCCAGAGGCUGAUGCCGACUCCUUCCAGCUCUCACGGUAACCAUGAGGCCCCUGCGUGUUUCUGCUGUGGAGGUCCCAGAGGGAACUGUAUGGACAGACACAGCCUGAAGGGCCAUCUGCCUCAAGCCACAGCAGCACAGAAUUCUAAAGAUUGUGGGGAAGGAUGGCGCCUAGGGGACCAGAUGUGCAGAGGUAAUGAAUACCAGGGAAUCAGGAAACCACUGGAUCAGUUCUUUGAGCCACAGAACAACACUCAUCCCAGCAGCUGGGAAGCUAUCUGCAAAAGUCCAUCUGCAGAAAGGGCUUCCUGGUCUUGCGUGUGGCUGGGCCAUUUCUCUGGAUGCAGGUUUUUCAUUAUACAGUCUUCUCAAAGAAACACCUGCUCUCAACACCUUCUCGGUGACUCCAUUUCCCCUCCUCUGGGCUCCUGGAAUGCCACAAUGGCCCCACCUUAGCCAGGCAGCUGUGAUGAGAGGUGUUGACCCAACUGCCUCUCUGCUGGCUCACUGAAUCAGGUGGAAGGGGCUGGGGACAGCACAGUCUUGCAUUGUGGUUGGGGACCUGGGCCAUCCAGAGGCAGGACUGUCCAAAGGCAGGGUACUGCUGGGAUUCCGCCAGGCACUGGGUGAUGCAUGGCAUAGGGAGCUGGAGAGGGACAGGCUCUUGGCCAGGAAAAACAGCCCCAGAGCCACAGGUGUGCCAUCGAGUCUUCCUCCUCUCCCAUCCUUAAUCACUCCUGUUUGGUGACAGCACACAGCUAGGCCUGGAGCCCAGCAAAGAGCCCCUGGGUCCCAGAGGAAGUUGUUCUGGGGGCUGGAGACAAUCACAAAUGCCAGGUUUGUGAGCCCCAGACUCUGGUUCAUAGCAAGAGGCAGACUUGUGAGCAAACCACCAGAUCACACCGUAAAACACGCUCAACGAGGAGUGGGUGCCCUUUCUAGGGAUAGGCAGAAGGCUCCAUGGAGUGACCUUUGAAUGGGGACAUAAAAGUGGAUCCCUUCAACAGCCCCUGCACAGCCCCAAGUCAGGCCUCCAGCCCUUGGACUCACAUAUGUCCUCUGUAGACGACUGGAUGUCCUCCCGUGCCACCCUUUACCCCUGCAGCGAGGGGCACAGAGCCAGAGCCCUCCGGGUCCUCACCACUGGCAUCACCAACAUAGUGGACAUUUUCCCUCUCAGAAUGAAAAGGGAGUGAAAUUUCCCCGUGAUCUUUCCACAAAUGACCAGCUUGGGGAGUGGGAGAGGAAGUGCUGCAGUGCCUGGGGAAGGGGCCCUUGGAACAGUUCCUGGAAAGGGAGAGGGGUGGAUAGGGUGGAGACAAUGCUCAUGGAGUGCAGUAUGGGGCCUACCCAGAGUUGCUUGGCCACCCCUCUGCCUCUGAAUCAGGGGUGAUCAAUGAAGGAAAAUUACUGCAGCAAUUGAGUCCAUGUAAGAUGAUUGUGCACGUGUGUGUGUGUGUGUGUGGGUGUGUGUCCUCACUCACUUAAAAAAGACCAUUUCUGUGCAUUCUUUAUUCUGGAACCCUCCUCUGCCUCCCUCUCCAGGAAAUCCCAUAGGAUCCCAUACCUGCUUUAGAAUGUGUGUGAGACACUUCCCAGUGCCUGGCACGUGGUAGGAGCUCAGUACAUGUAAACUCUUUUCCUUUGACCACUCAAAGUAGUCACUUGUUGGGGAGGCCAAUGGCGGCUUCCCCGGUCUCUGAGCUGAUGGGCGUCUGGUCCCUGCCUCCCCUUCCUUCACUGGCUGAUGACAAAUACCUGAAUGUCAUCACAUCCUCCGUGUCCUCAUCUGUUAUUCUGGAACACAGGCCAGGGAGGGUACAGGGUAGUCCCCCUUCAACAGAGGCUUGCCUUUCUUGGGAUGUGGGCUGGCUGGUGUUGGUCCAAGGAUGGAUGCAGAGGGUGAGGCACCCAUCCUGCUAGUCCGGCCGGAUGCUGGCAGGAGGGCGGGGUGAGGAGGGGCGGAGCUUCCAGAACAAAGGAGAAUGGGGAGCCCAGGGGCCAGCCUAGGCAUCAAAAAGGCUCUGCAGAGCGAAAAGGCCACAGCACUGCCUGCCUCUGCCCCAGCAGUCAGCCAGCCGACCGCGCCUGCUCCCUCCUGCUUGCCCAAGGCCGGGCAAGUCAUCCCCGCUCUGCUUCGAGAGGCCCCGUUUUCCAGCGUGAUUGCGCCGACACUGCUCUGUGGGUUUCUCUUCUUGGCGUGGGUUGCUGCUGAGGUUCCAGAGGAGAGCAGCAGGAUGGCCGGGAGCGGAGCCAGGAGUGAGGAAGGCCGCCGGCAGCAUGCCUUCGUCCCGGAACCUUUUGAUGGGGCCAAUGUCGUCCCAAACGUCUGGCUGCACCGCUUUGAAGUCAUCAAUGACCUCAACCAUUGGGACAAUAUCACCAAGCUAAGGUUCCUGAAAGAGUCCCUCAGAGGAGAGGCCCUGGAUGUCUACAAUAGGCUCAGUCCCCAGGACCAGGGAGACUAUGGGACUGUGAAAGAGGCCCUCCUGAAGGCCUUUGGGGUCCCUGGGGCUGCCCCCAGCCACCUGCCCAAAGAGAUCGUCUUUGCCAACAGCAUGGGUAAGGGCUACUAUCUCAAGGGGAAGAUUGGCAAAGUGCCCGUGAGGUUCCUGGUGGACUCUGGGGCCCAGGUCUCUGUGGUCCACCCAAACUUGUGGGAGGAGGUCACUGAUGGCGAUCUGGACACCCUGCAGCCCUUUGAGAAUGUGGUAAAGGUGGCCAAUGGUGCUGAAAUGAAGAUCCUGGGUGUCUGGGAUACAGCGGUGUCCCUAGGCAAGCUGAAGCUGAAGGCACAGUUCCUAGUGGCCAAUGCGAGUGCCGAGGAAGCCAUCAUUGGCACUGAUGUGCUCCAGGACCACAAUGCUAUCCUGGACUUUGAGCACCGCACAUGCACCCUGAAAGGGAAGAAGUUUCGCCUUCUGCCUGUGGGAGGGUCCCUGGAAGAUGAGUUUGACCUGGAGCUCAUAGAGGAGGACCCCUCCUCAGAAGAAGGGCGGCAGGAGCUAUCCCACUGAGAAGCCACCUUUUCUUUAACCUCCUAAAUAUUGGUGGGAAGACCCACCGCUGUGGGGGGGGGGGUGCAUAUCCUCAUGGGGGUCACUGGGCUUGGCCAGUCUGCUUAUCAACUCUUGCUCUUCUCUCCCCUUUGCCUCCCUCUGCAGGGGCCUUAAUCUGCCCCUGGUAGGGGAGGCUUCCACUGAACAGGCACAGGUGAGGGAGAGCAGGCUGGCUUAGAGGGACAGGGUCCCCAUGGUCAUCAAGCUGCUAUUGAUGACAAAGACUCAAAGGCUGGAAGAGCUCCCAAGGAAGCUAGAAAUGCUUGUCUUUGAAAGAACUGUGGGACCCCUUCAGAUUCCCUGAGGUAUGGCUUGGUCACUCUCAGGUCCUCAAAGCCUGUCUCAGUUGGGCUGGGUCCUAGCUGCAGGGUCUUUGUGAGGGUCACAGUUGCUCUGGGACACCUCCCUGAAGAGCCUUUCCACCUGUACAAUCGUAUUUUCUUUCUGUCAUUUGCUUUGAAGCCUAUUGUGCCUUGUGCCAAUAAUUCAAUUGCUGCAAACACCAAUAAAGAUUGAUUCAUGGAAAAA